AUGCCGAAAACUAUCUUAAACGGCGAACUUGUUCGCGCUUCCUCGGGGGAUGAGGAGAUGCCUGUCCACAUCAGAAGCUUUGGACGUCUUAUCCUGCAAGAUGAGUCCAGCAGCUCUGACGAGCCGGCGAAUGACGCACCCCCGCUGCCAGCUCCCCAGACUGGCCAUCAAGAUGUGAGCGAUGAGACUACACUCCAUGGACCGGGCAUCCCUUCUCCUGCCAGCGCUUCCGUUGUGGGUCCUACCACCACCCCGCGCCUGCAGCAGUGGCUGCAGCAGCAGUCACGGCUCAUGGACCUGGACAAAGCCAGUGACACGUCGAGUUUCUAUGACGGUCACUACAAAACUGACGCCUUCUGCUUUCCUCGGGCCGGGAACACGGCUUGGGAGCCCUGCUCCGAUGAUGACAGUAAUGGCACAUUGGACGAAUAUCGUGACGCCGACGACGAGAUGACCGAGAUGCCCGAGCCAGAAUACAUCGACCCCAAACCGACCAAGGCUCUUUUCAAGUACCCGUUUACUAGAAAGCUUUUGCGUACUAAUUGGUUCAAGAUGAUGUUUGUCUCUGGUGAGACCGCCGAGCCCUCUGUUGAGACGACCACCGUGAUCGAGGACAUUACGCGUGAGCAGGUCCUUGAAAUCCUCAGUCGUGGCACGCAACUGGCGGCUCGGCGUGGCUCGCGCGCCAUCUCGACGGAUGACCUGAUCUUCCUCAUCCGCCAUGACAAGGCCAAGGUGUCGCGUCUCCGCACAUUCUUGUCCUGGAAGGACGUCCGCAAGAACGUCAAGGACUCCGACGACAAGGGAGGCGCCGAUGCGGCCGACUUCGCCGCUGCCGACGAUGCGGCUGGUGUCGUCGCGGGCCCCUCGGACGUCGCCUCGAAGCCCAAGAACAAGCGGGCCAAGGUGGGCCUUGCUUGGGACGUCAACAGCUUCUUCUCGGUCCAGGUGCCCGAGCGCGACGAUGAGGAGGACGAGGAGGAGGAGGAGCAGAACUAUGCGACCCUCCAGCGCCUCGCCGCGGCCGACGAGCGCACCAAGAACAUGACCAGGGAGGAGUACGUCUUCUGGUCGGAGUGUCGCCAGGCCUCCUUCACCUACCGCAAGAGCAAGCGGUUCCGCGAGUGGGCGGGCUUCGGAAUCGUUACCGAGUCCAAGCCCAAUGACGACAUUGUGGACAUUCUCGGCUUCUUGACCUUCGAGAUUGUCCAGACCAUCACGGAGAAGGCGCUCAAGGUCAAGGAGCGAGAAGACCACGAGAAGAACCGUGGCGGCGCUGACACCAGCAGCGCCAAUAAGAAGCGCAAGCGGGAGACUGGUCUGUUCGACCCGCCGGAGGAGGGGCGCACCCCCAUCGAGCCUCGACACAUUCGUGAGGCGUACCGGAAGCUCCAGGCUUCCCCUCAAAAGGCCAUUGCCAUGCUGCUGCACAAUGGCCGGGUGCCAGCCAAGUUGCCCCUGCAGCUGAUCUAA